GAUGCCCAACAGGAUGCGGGUACGCUCAACGAAUAACGAUAUGCUGCAAACACUUCCUUACAAGCGGAAGCGUCAUCUCGAGUGUUCCAUUUUGACAUUCAGCCCUAAAUAAUUGCGCUGCAGCUCACGUCUAAUCCCCAAACACACCUCGAGGAGUCGAGUAGCGUCUGAGCCGGGUCCGGCCUCGGGUCAACUGUGGCAUAAGUAGCGGGCUCGUCAGGCCGGUCACAGGGUGACCUCCACGGACCCUCGCCAGCACUUCCUUCACGGUCGAGUAGGCUCCCCUCUUCUCCAGUCCGGCGCCCUGACACACUGCGCGCCAUGAGCGACCCCCUGUCCCCCUUCAACACCCCCCCCCCCCUCCGUGCACAGACGAAUCAAUUACAGUUCUCAUACCGUGCACCUUUGAGCAAAUAACCAGCGCCGGCCGCCGGCCCGCCGGGGACCUUGACGGGCGCCAUUCAGACCAGUGACGUCACAGGGCAGGCUCCGCCCCCCGCCGCGGCCGCCGCGCUCAGCUCCGGCGGCCCACCAUUCGGACGCGAGAAUUGCGAGCGGGUGGGCGUGCGAGCGCGUGGCUCUCCGAGCGGGCACGAGCUAGCGCCGCCAGUGAGCGCCGUCAGGGACACCAGUCCGGAGCGAGCGCGAGCACAGACGGAGCGGGCGGAGGCGCGCCGCCAUGCGCGAGGUGUUUGACAUACGGUGCGGCCGAGUGCCGGAGCGGACGCUGAUCUCGGCGCCCGGCUCUGGCGGACUACUGACCCCCGGCCAGGAGAGGCUCGCCCACCUGGUCACCGACGGCUCCAUCCACGACGUCUACGAUGUUGAACAUGUGCCCUUCGCCAGAGGACAGUUCGCCUCGGUGAGGAAAUGCACGCACAAACUGACCGGACAGCGUUUCGCCGCCAAGGUGCUGCGCAAGCGGCGCCGGCUGACUGACAUCUACCACGAGAUCGCCGUGCUGGACGCCUUCGCCGACUGCAGCCGUAUCAUCCAGCUUCAUGAAGUGUUCGAGACGUCCACAGAGAUCUUCCUUGUUCUGGAACUGGCGAACGGAGGCGAGAUGCAGACCCUGCUGGAUGUGGAGGAGUUCAUCAGGGAGGAGGACGUGAUUCGAAUGAUGCGCCAGAUUCUGGAAGGACUGCACCAACUUCACGACAACAACAUCGCCCACCUCGACAUCAAGCCCCAAAACCUGCUGCUGACCGGACCAUUCCCCAACUGUGACGUCAAACUGUGCGACUUCGGCAUCUCCAGACAAGUGAUUGGCAACGGCGAACUCCGAGAGAUCAUGGGCACGGCAGAUUAUAUGGCGCCGGAGAUCCUCAACUACGAACCGCUCUCGCUGGCCACAGACAUGUGGUCGAUCGGAGUUCUGACCUACGCCCUGCUGACUGGAUACACCCCGUUCACUGGAGCCAACAACCAGGAGACCUACUGCAACAUCACAUCGGAGGAGGUUGACUUCCCCGAGGACCUAUUCAGCGACAUCAGCGACAAUGCCAAGGACUUCAUCGCCGGCCUGCUCGUCAAAAACCCGAGUGGACGACGCACCUUGCACAGCUGCUUGGAGCAUCCUUGGCUGUCGACUGACAACUGCGAGCCGUCGCUUCUCUCCUCCGACUGUGUCCAGACUGAAAAGGACAGUGGCUUCAACAGCCCGGCCUCGUCAGACGACGAGACCAGCCUGCCCUUCACUCCCACCUCCAGUCCGCCCUCCACCAUCACCAGCGCCGACACCGACACGCAGAACGGUAACGACUCGACGCGCCGAGACUCCGGCUUCGGGUCCAGCUCGCUGACCACCGGGGCCUACACCAUCGAGAACGCCCUGCCGGCGCCGGUGUCGCAGUCCGCUGUCGACAACGCCCCGGUGACGUCUCCGGCGGAGUCUGAGCUCACAGUGCCUGCCGAGCGGCGCUUGCGCUCGUGCAGUCCGCUGGCGGUACGGGUCGUGCCAGUGCCCAACGAGGUGACCCUGGAGCUGGAGCCGACCCGGGUGGUGUCAGCGCGCGUCACCAUGCGCUCGAUGACGCCGCCGCCGGUCGACGACGACGCCAGUGACGUGACCUCUGAGGCGAGCAGCAGCGACCGCACGAGUGAUAUGUCCUGGGAGGAGACCGAGUUCUCCUACCGGCGACUCUCGGUGGCGCAGCUCACCGAUCGCGUCUGGGACUGCUUCAACGAGCACGACUUCAACGUGGAGCCCGUGCGGCCCUGGGAGAACGUGUGCACGGGCGCCGUGGGCCGCGCAAAGGCCAUGUUCAGCUGUAAGAGCGCCGCGCCACCGGUGGUGCGCACGGCGCCGCGCCGGUUCUGACCGGGGCACCUCCGUCCCAGAGAGCCGGCCGUGCUCGCCACGGCACACCGCAUUGUCAGUUGUCUUCAUAACUUAUUGCCAUCGUCACAACUAAGUGUACUAUGUAACUUAUUGUCUGCGUCGGCCGCGACGGACUCGACUAAUCAGGGUAUGGCGUCGGCGUCGUCGCGACGUUCGCGACGCACGUGCGCGCACGCGUCAAGUCAUGACGCCGGUCGAGAGAGAGUGGUGCACCCGCCCUGGCUUGGCGUGGCUUCGCGCCAGAGAGCGAAUGUGUUCAGUUUUAGCUUACAAUGCUAGUCAGGUCGGUGUGUAAAGUAUUGGAGCAAGAUGAAGUGUAUGAAACUGUGUACUACACAUGUGCCUUUGAUUAUUAUGUGCAUUGUGUUAUAGUGUUAUGGUUGCAAAUAUUUUAGAAAUAAUAAAUAAACAUCCGAAUAAUUAAA